UUCCCGCAAAACAAAAAGACAUGUCCAUCUCCACCAAAGAUUGCUGCUCCCACGCUGCACCAUUACAUAGCAGUGGCGCCAGAGCACCAGUGCGAGUCAAACGCAACCACCGCACAAGCACAAGGCAACGGUGCAUACACGAGCCGAUAACAAAUGGAGAAGGCGACACAGGAGUCUGAGCAGCAGGCAUGGCAGGGUGUGGUGGAGGCCCUCCUCCCGUCCACGCCCGCCGCCGCGGCGUGGCCCCACCUUGCCAGCUUCUGCGCGCUGCACCGGUAUCUCUCCGGCGUCGACGUCUGCGAGCGCGUGGCCGGGGAGGACGGCCACCCGGGCUGCGUCCGCUACGUCGCCUCCCGCGCGGCGCCUGCGCCGGGAGAGGAGGACCAGGACCAGCAGGAGGCGGCGCCUGCCGCGAUCGCGACAUGGGCCCGCGAAGAGCUGCUCGAGCUGGACGACGCCGCGCGCCGGCUGAGCUACGCCGUAGUUGGCAGCAACAUGGGGUUCGGCCGCUACGUCGCCACCAUGAUGGUUGUCGAGGAGGAGACGGAGGCGGCGGGUUGCAAGCUCGUGUGGGAGUUCGAGUGCGAGCCUGUGCAGGGCUGGAGCAGGGACGGGCUCGUCGGCUACCUCGAGACCACCGUCAAGGGCAUGGCUGCGCGGAUCGUGGAGGCCGCCGCCGAUUAAUGAUGAGGCGUCGCUGGCUCGCUGCUGCUUGAAGGGAAGGACCAGCGUAACAAAAGCUAAUAAGUAAUUAAUCGGUGAGAUGAAACAAGAUGGAAAUGGAUGUAUUUGCUGUAGUCUGUUGCUUCCCGUUUGUUUUUUCUAUUAUGAUUAGCGCCAAGAGUAGUGGCUCGCUUCCCAUGUGCAAUGAAUAAAUGCAUUAGUACGUCUGAUGUCUAUA